AUGUCAAACAGCUGUCACUAUCGCAUUUUUCUAGCUACAAGUAAUAGCCAUACGCAAUUUCCAAAUAUGGCAACUCCAAAGACCAACAACCAAACACAAAAGAAACAAUUCGAAAUCCAAGUGGACUUCAUGACAACGCAUCCAGAUUUGGCAAAGGGACUAAUGAAGACGCCCAACGCAAAAACAACAGUCAAUAAUUUAUGGAAGAAAGUAACUUCCCAACUAAGUGCUGCUGAACCACCGAUGCGUGAUAUGGCCGGCUGGAGAAAAGUUUGGGCGGACUACAAACUCCAUUUGAAAGCCAAAAUGCGUCGGAACAAAACCAAUAUUGCCGGUGCAGGGGGCGGUCCGUCUGUUUAUUCCCCACUGAACCAAUUAGAACAGCGAGUAAGCGAGUUGCUAUCUAUAAAUAAAUCUGUGGGCAGGAUAGGUAGCACGCGGGAGUUUGGUGCGCGUCAGACGGACGUACCAACGAAAAGUUUUGAAGCAGCUUUUAAUGAUAGCGAUUUAGUCGAUAUGCCCGAAGAGACGAAUGACAGCGAUUCAGUCGAUGUGCCCGAACAGGUGACUGAGAAACCUUCCUGCAGCCGUUCGGUACUCACUCCACGCAAUAAGCAAAGCUUACUAGAAAAGCAGGUGGAUAAUCAAAUUAUGCAACAAAAAAAUUCAACAGAAAUACUGACUGAGCUUAAUGAUUCCUUAAAAAAUAUUUCCAAAACCAUGAAAAUGGCAUAUAAAAUAGAAAAUUGUCCAGAAGAAGAAGGUCUUUGUGAUUAG